CUAUUAAAUGAUUACACACUAUCAGUUAGCAUAGUAUUUUUUUGACGCUUGUGGGAUUACACUAGGUAUGUUGUUGUUGUUGUACGCAAUAUCAGUUAGCAUAGUGUUUUUUCGACUAAACCAAGUAACCUUUCUUCUGUGCUGAUCCAAUCCAAUAUGAUCCCUAUAAUCCAUCUUCUUUCUUGUUUGUAUUACAGGUAAGAUACUUGUAGUUACUAGUUAGUUGUAUACGAUUUGAUUCCAUAGAAUACUUGAGACUACAUUCAGAUAGGGUCUUUGCACCCUCCACCAUUAUAGAGGUUUCUAUACUGAUUGCAUAAUGAUUAUUCGUGGUUUGCUGGCAUUGAUUAAUCUCACAAUCCUGAUCUAUCUACAUAGCAGUUCUGAUACUGUGUUUCCGAAGACUCAAUUCAGUAUGGAUAAGGGUGAUUCUUGGACACCAGUCCAUGUAAAAAUUGAUAUUGUAACUCCAUAGCAGCCAAUAUUUAGGAGAAAUUGCCUUAGACAUGAGUUGGUAUGAGUCUCAGAGACAUUUUGUGCUCUUUUAGAGAGUAUUAUCCAAAACUGACAUUGUGUAUAUCUUUACUUGCUCUAGAUUCUCUUCGUAUUUGCUAGUGCUGAAAUUUGAAAUUAGCUCUUUUGAUGGUACUGUUGCCGUUCAGUUAGCCUCUAUACCGCAGAAUGCUCGUGUUGGAGUUCUGUCUGUUGCUAAAUGAGAAUUUGGCAUUUCAAUGAACUGUUUCAGCUUGAAUGAUUUAGAGCAAACUGUUUUACAUCUUCACUCCAUACUCCCUCUUCCGUUCUUUAUGGAUCACUAAACCAACACAAACUGACCAUACAAGUUAGUUGAACUUUAUGAAUAUACGAGCGAAAAGAAGAGGAAUACUUAUUUGGCCUCCCUGGUGAUCAGAAAGGAAAAUGUUUAAAUAAAGGUUGCAGUGGUUGCACCAAAUGUUCCUGCUAUGUAUGAAGCUCAUUUUGGAAUUCCAAUGGCUGGAGCUGUUCUAAAUGCUGUCAAUGUUCGUUUAAAUGCAGACACAAUUGCUUUUCUUUUGGGCCAUUGCUCAGCUGCAGUUGUCAUGGUGGACCAAGAAUUCUUUCCUUUAGCUGAGGAAGCUCUAAAAAUCUUAGAAAAUAAGAGCAAAGGAAAAUCAAAACGACCAAUUGUUAUAGUUAUUGCUGAUAAAAACUGUGAUCCCGUCCCGUUCCAAUAUGCUUUAGAGAAAGGGGCAGUUGACUAUGAGAAAUUCUUGGAAACUGGUGACCCGGACUUUCUAUGGAAGCCACCGCAGGAUGAGUGGCAAAGUAUUGCUCUGGGUUAUACUUCUGGUACGACAGCUAGUCCUAAAGGAGUGGUGCUUCAUCAUCGUGGUGCUUAUAUUGCGGCUCUGAGUAAUGCUGUUGUUUGGAGCAUGAAAGAGGGAGCUGUGUACCUUUGGACUCUACCUAUGUUUCAUUGCAAUGGUUGGUGUUUCACUUGGACACUUGCAGCAAUUUGUGGGACCAACAUAUGCCUUAGACAGGUAACUGCAAAGGCUGUUUAUUCCGCCAUAGCUCACCUUGGUGUGACCCAUUUCUCUGCUGCACCUGUGGUGCUCAAUACCAUAGUUAAUGCCCCAAAAGAGGAGACCAUCCUUCCCUUGCCUCGGCUAGUAUAUGUAAGCACUGCUGGUGCUUCUCCUCCUCCUUCUGUUCUUGCUGCAAUGACUCAACGUGGCUUCCGUGUCUUACACACUUAUGGCCUUUCUGAAACCUAUGGUCCCUCCACUCUAUGCACAUGGAAGCCUGAGUGGGACUUACUUCCCACAGAUGUCCAAGCGCGUCUAAAUGCACGUCAAGGUGUCAGAUAUGUAAGCUUGGAGCAUCUGGACGUUGUUAACCCAACGGACAUGACACCUGUUCCAGCUGAUGGGAAAACGAUGGGAGAAAUCGUCUUCAGGGGUAAUGUUGUGAUGAAAGGCUACCUGAAGAACCCUAAAGCCAAUGAAGCUGCUUUUGCGGGAGGCUGGUAUCACUCUGGUGAUCUUGCGGUAAAACAUCCAGAUGGGUAUAUAGAAAUAAAAGACCGAUCAAAAGACAUCAUCAUUUCUGGUGGUGAAAAUAUUAGCAGUGUUGAGGUCGAGAAUAUCCUAUAUCAACACCCAGCAAUACUGGAGGUCUCUGUUGUUGCAAGGCCUGAUGAACAAUGGGGAGAGUCACCUUGUGCAUUUGUGACAUUAAAGCCUGAUGUAAAGGAAACGGAUCAGCAACAGUUGGCAGAGGAUAUUAUGAAAUUCAGUCGAUCAAAGAUGCCUAGGUACUGGGUUCCAAAGUCAGUGUUUUUCGGACCAUUGCCAAAGACAGCUACAGGGAAAAUACAGAAGCACUUGUUAAGGGCAAAGGCAAAGGAGAUGGGACCAAUGAAGAAGAGUAAAUUGUAAAUGUAACAUGGUUGGAUGAUUGACUGAUUUGUCUUUUUAAUUCUAAACUGUCUGCUGUUUAGUGCUCGGUCUAUACAUCUCUGCGUAUCUUUAUCCACCUUGUAGACAAAUAAGGUCAUGUUUCAGAUUUUUGCUAGAUAAUCAUGGAAGGCAUUAUGUAAGUUUUUCUUAUCAUGAACUAUUGGUGUUCAUUGUAUUUUCAGGUUGAGUGGAAAAUUUCAUCUUGAUAUCUGGUUAAAA